AUGCUUGAUGCCGUGGCACGCCUCCUAAGGCCGUCGACCGCGCUGCCCAAGGAGUCGUGGGUAGAAGACGCCGACAUCAGCCCGGUCGAUGCUCUUGGGCCUGCCGUUCUAGAGCGUCCAUCCACACCAGACGACCAGAUUGUCCCAAUUAGCCCGUCGCCUUCCACAUGCGGUUCCUCGGACUCCUCCUUGGCAACCCACUCCCCGGACCAUGGCAUGAUCAAACGCCGUCGACUCCAACGAUACGUCGACCCGGACCUUGAGGCACAGGUCCACUACCGACGCCAACUGCCUCUAUCUGUACCAGCUCCGCGCACCUGCACCGUUCUGGAAACCAUUGUUCUCCAGUACUACGACGUACAGAGGAUGGACUGGAUGAUGAUCGCCGAGCCUCUGCAGCGCCUCUAUGGUCUCGAAGUGACCAGUGCCGGCGUUCUAAGCAUACUCCAGCAGCAUGGCCGCGUCCAGCGCACUGAGUGGUGGGAUUGA